AUGGCAUUUAUAAAAGCAUAAAAUUUUGCAUUAAAUUUAGAAACAUUUAGCUAAAUUACUUCAGCAGCAGUGUGGAUUCAAAUACAAAGAUUUCAUUCAACUUUUAAUCUGAAAGUUGAAAAUUAAUUAGGGGUAGAUAAAGAGCAAAAAAUAACAUUAAUCAGUGAUUUUAAUUCAAAUAAAAUAGAUUUGAGUAGUUUAACCCAUUAAGUUGAAGUUUAAAGUUCCUCAGUAUUUUUCUUGAAAACUUAGGUAACCAUCAAAAAUGCAUUUCAGAUCUAUAAUGGUGGUAACUGGAUUAAUUAAGCAUUAUCAAAUCUAUUAAGAAGAAUUCAAUCAUCGAAUUUUAAUUUUGUUGGCUAGUAUUUUUUCAAUUAGGUUGAAAAUUGA